AAGGUUCUGGGAAGUUUGGCUUACCUACAGAAUAAUAUUAUGUUAUUAGUGUAAUGUGGAUAUGAUAAAAGCGAGCGUUUUAAGACAUUUCUCAGCCACUUAACGCUGGAGUUUUAUGAGACUUGAAGUGCGUUCGAUAUUCAUUGCCUUGACUAUAAAAUCUAGUGCAUUUUCCGUAUUAUAUACUUGUCUUGAAGUCAUUCAGACUAACCAGGUUGCUGCAAUUUGUUUAAAGGCUUAUUUUUAAAUAACGUAUUGUUCAUAUACCGUGAAAUACUUCAUGCAUUAUUCACUCAUUCUGUUUAACUAGAUAUCGGGAACACUUAACUGCCUAACAAAUCGUAGUGCAUGACAUUUCCAACCAUAUACAGUUUGAAAUGUGUAUCGGAUUCCGUUAGUUUCUGUGAAAAUAUUGGCAUUUUCAGGCCAUAUUACUGUCCUCACAGAGAGCGGGAAAACCAUGACUCAUACCGAUCUAUUACUAAAAGCCGUAAUGUCUUAACGACAGUUACAGCAGUGUUUCAGAAGCUGCGGUCCGAUUGAGCUUUGAUAGCUGUAUGAAAACUUGUUGCACAUUUUUAAGACGGGAAAAAGACAAUUAUUAUGUUGAUGCAUUAAAAUGUGAGGAUUUUAUUCAAGAAUGCCAGGAUUCCAGAUUCCAGAAAUAUAUUGGGCUGACAGAAGAAUACACAUCAUUGAUUCAACAUGAAAUUUAGACAGUUCGAAUUUCGUCUGUUUCCAAGGAUACGGAGCAGAAAGAAAAAGAAGACAAAAUUCAGCCACACUGACUACCCACGUGAUAUAAGUCUUGAUAAAAACUGUAAUUUAUACAAGACUGAUUUUCCCUGUUUCUAUGACAAUUUAGCUGUAGAUGCUGCCAUUUCGGAGCAAUUCCCAGGAUAUGUAUUGUGCAGAAACAAUAAUGCAGUACUUGACAAUUUCGGUAAAUCAUACAAUGAUGAUAUCAAUACGAAAACAUUCCCACUCAAUGAACUAAAAAUUGAUAUCGACAGUACCUGCAGUUGUACUCAGUGCGCCCAUUUGACAGAGAACUUGCCUUCUGAACAAACGGCAUGCGGAGUACUUUCGGAGACCUGCACCAGGACUUCUGUUGGGACACCAAAUACCAUUCCAAGGUCAAGAACUCGUAUAAAAACAAAUCCAUGGUUACCAUCCCCAAGAUCAACUCCAAGCCCUUCUCCAACAGACCAACAUGUGAUAGCCUACCCAGCAGGCUAUGAAGAAAGUGAUAUUAUGUAUGCGACGAGACCGAGUACUCUCCCCUUAUUUUCCUCUCAUAACUCUAAUUUUUAUGCAUCUGUGAGAGCAUUAACAACACCUUCAACGGGCUUGGCUGAGAUUCCGGAAACUGAAAUUCUACAUGACGGUUUAAACAGGAAACUAUACGACAGAGGAGGAGAAUACCUUUACAAAACUAUUAAAAAGGAAAGUAAGCCAGUCUUUGCAAAAGGAGGAAGACAAUCGCCGGUGAACAGUUUACUGAAAGACGAUCCGAAUUAUGAAACUGAUGUGUCAAGCUGUGGCUCACCUCUGAAUGAAUUCCUGAAAUGUGUCAAGUAUGAGAUCGAUUUCUCCUACGAGAGAAUUGCCGAUGAUAUGUUAGAAAGUUCAACAUUUCCAAGAGAUGAUAGUUUUAAUUCCAGUAUUAACACUAAUACCGACAUUCCGGAAAUAGAGAAGUUAGAUGGAGCAGAUAAGAUUGCUUGUCAAACGAAAAUUGAAGACGACGCUGAUAUUACGUUUGAUGAUACGAAUAAUAACAUGCAAGAAUCUAUUGAUACAGGGUAUGCUAGUGUAUCACGUGAUAGUGAUUUCAUGUCGUCUGAUGAUGAGUUUGGAAUGAAAUCUGAAAGCAAAUGUGAGAUGAAAGAUGUAGAUAGCACAAAUGACGCACAUGAUGACUACCAUUCCAUAGAUUCUAAAGAAAAUAGUAACAUGAAAAUCAUGUCUGAAUCCCCAGAAGUAUAUGAAAGUCAUUUCACAAGAAAGACUGAUUAUGACGUCACAGACUAUGAUACUGACAUUGACCAUGAAAUAGAUAUUGACCAGAUCAGCGAUUACAGUCAUACAAGCGAGUUAGAAUGGGAUGAUGAACCUAUGACAAAAACAUUAAUACUUGAAUUUCCACACGUCAUUUCCGCUCAAAAUGGAGAUACCAGUUAUGACAGUCCAAUAAGUGAAAAAGACGAUUCUGUUCGGCAACCGAUAAAAAGAUAUAGUUCUGUCAAAUACAGAAGAAACAAAGGACACUAUUUAGAAAAUGAUUGUACUUGUCAUCGUCGAAGGUCAAGGUCGCUUGCUGAUAUUCAACUUAGUCUAGACGAAAAAGUAAUUCUACUUAGAGAAGAGAAAACGUAUGUUCAGCGCAAAAUUCACGAAGCAAUAUUAGAAGAAAAACUUAAAGAGCAUCAGAUGAAGAUUUUCAGGCUGCUGUCGGGUGACCAAAAGAAACAGCUCAUUGUAAAGACUUUGCAUGAUCUCAAAUCGAGGCUAGAAGACCAGAGCGCUCGGUUGCAGUCAAGUUACAAUACAGUAAUCUCUCUGCAGAAUAUGUAUUUAAAGCGACGCAACGAUCGGAUGUGCGAAGAUAUAGACUAUUGAAAAUGGUGACUAUAUUUGAAAUAUUCCCAGCAUGCAAAGUCUUACAAGUUCAGGUAAAAUUCGAUAUCUGUAAUUCCAAGAACCAGUGCAUUUUACUUUGAGAUAUCGCAACUUCGACUUGAAGGAGGUAGACGUAUGAGAAAUUUGUUCCUGGAGUUUCUGUCGCAUCUGUUUAUCCAGUGUUCAAAGAAAAAAAAUGUUGCUACAUAUUUUUAAUGCCUUUCCUCGAGGUUUAUUUCUUUUGACAUCUAGACAGUCUGCGCCUUUUAAGACAGAUUUGGGACAUAUUUUACUUCGAUAAAAAAACGAAAGUAAUAUGAUUGACGGAAAUUUAAUAUUUUUUUUCGGAAAUUCGGAGUCGUGGUAUAUUGAUUACUUUCAAAAACGGAAAAAUUACAGAAGUUUAGAAGAAACUUUGUCGGGACUUCAACAUUGCUUCAUUUUGGACGAGAUGAACGAGUUUAUUGACUGUAUAUUGUGUGACAUUUCACAAUACGCGUCAGCUAAGAUGUAAAAUCUAUAACGUACGACAAUAAUGUCAUUAUGCUAUGAGAUAUUGUGAGUGGUAUCAAAAUAUAAGACAGUUGAUGUGUGCUCUAAGAUAUGCCCAUUUGUGCAAUAUGUUAUUUAUUUGAUAUUUAUUGUUGUUUAUAUAAAAUAUUACAUAUACAUGUACAUGUAAACAUGUAAUAUCGUUAAUUUCAUUCAUUAAAGUAGAUAUAGCUCAAUCUUAAAUAAAAGUUUAAAA